AGAAUCAACCUUGCAGUUUCUUUCAUACAACACACGUACGUAGAUACCCUCAAAACGCGCUAUCUCUGCGCCCAUGUCAAGCCCAUAAACCGAAAUCAAUAAAACCUUUUAAAAUAUGGAAGAAAUAGAUGACUGAAACAACAAGCUUAAUUAUUCUCUCUCUCUCUCUCUCUCUCUCUCUCUCUCUCUCUCUCUCUUCUUGAAUCCUGAUGGCGGCCAUGGCAAUGGCAGAAUUGAAAGCCUUGUGUGCAAUCCAUCCCAAGACCUUCACAGACUCGGACGUGGCUGCAGCACAACAACUCGUCCAGCUAAGCGGUGAAGACAACAGCAGUAGCAGCAACAAGAAGGGGAGGAAGAACGAGAAUGAGAGUGGUUUUGAAGAUGAUCAGGAGUCCGAUCGAAGCAGCCAAAACGAGAUCACUUCGAGGAUGAUUGAAGAGAUUUUCGGGAUAGAAGAGGAGGUUGCUCGACCAAGAAAGAGAAGAUACAGGUCUCUUGUGUCUAUUUACCAGGCGAUGGAUAUGCCACUCAGGAAUAAUGUUAGGUAUGGGAAGAAGGUGAGCACUGAAGAAAACCCAAAUAGAGUUGUAGCCAGGGCAGAAGAGGGUAAUCAAAGUAGUAAAACACAAGCAAUUAAGUGAUUGUUUUAGGGAAAACUGGAGAUUUUGCACUCUACGGAUAACAAUUAAGUUAAAUUUUUAUUCUUGAUGA